UUUGUUCUAUGUGCUGCGGCAAAGAUUUUUUUUUUCAUCAUUCACUCCGUCUCAAUUGUGACAUAAUUUAUUUUGGAAUUUUGCAACUUGAGAUUCAUCAAAUUUCUAAUUUCUAAAUCCAAGUUAAAAAGUGAAAAAAAACAAUAGAAUCGUAUGUGGUUCUAUUCAAACAAAUUAUCUUACUUUCUACGUUUGAUUUGUCAAGAUUCUGUGUGCUUAUUUGUUUGUGAAUGUGUUCGGAAAUUUUAAAUGGUCAGAUCAAAUUCGUCAACGACGACGACAGGCGCCAAAAAUUUAAAAAAUAGCAAUUCAAAUCAAAAUAUAUCAUCAUCGAACAAAACAAAGAAUGAUGAAUCUAAUAUUAAAACCAAUAUUAAUAAUAAUAACGACAGUAAUAAGAAAUCCGAAAUGGUUGCCCUAACUUCAUCACCGAAUAAUAAUAAUGGUCAUUCGGUGACAAAAUCAUCAUCGUCAACAAAUGGAACAAAUAAUAAACGGUCUAGCAGUUGCAGUAAUAAAAAUCUGAUCAAUGACAGUCAUCGUAAUAAUAAUACGUCGACACCAUCACCACAGACAACAUCAUCAUCUCGAAAUGAUACAGAAGAUGAGGAUACUUCAACAACGACGAAUCAAAAUUCAUCAGACAUUUUACCGCAAAUCGGGGAAUAUUUUAUGGUUAAAUCGAAAACCGAUGGUGCCUGGCAUUCAGCGCAAAUAAUCGAAAUUCGUAAACGUGACCAUUAUACAAGAAAAAAGUAUGCCUGCAAUACAAGUGGCAACGAUGGCCAAGUUGUCAUGGAUGAUGAUCCAAAUUUUGAUUAUGAAUUUUAUGUUCAUUAUGAUGGUUUCAAUCGACGUUUGGAUGAAUGGGUACCGCGAUCGGCAAUUAAUUUCAAUCAAAAAUGUGUGGUCAAUAAUAAUGAAUCAAAGGAUUCGUUCGCCGAUGUUUCGGUUUCGGAUCCAAAUGUUAAAAAAUUGACAAGGAAUCAAAAGCGCAAACACGAUGAAAUUAAUCAUGUUCAGAAAACUUAUGCUGAAAUGGAUCCUACUACGGCUGCUUUGGAACGAGAACAUGAAGAGAUUACCAAAGUUAAAUAUAUUGAUAGAAUACAAUUUGGCCGUUAUGAAAUUGAUGCUUGGUAUUUUUCACCAUACCCUGAAGAAUAUGGAAAACAAUCGAAAUUAUGGAUCUGUGAAUUCUGUCUCAAGUAUAUGCGAUUUGAAGAAUCGUUUCGUAAACAUCAAUUAGAAUGUCGCGAACGACAACCACCAGGUAUUGAAAUUUACCGUAAAGGAACGAUUUCAGUGUAUGAAGUUGAUGGUUAUGGAAAAUCGAAAAUUUAUUGUCAAAAUCUAUGUUUAUUGGCCAAAUUGUUUCUCGAUCACAAGACUUUGUUUUUUGAUGUCGAGCCAUUUUUAUUCUAUGUACUGACCGAAGUGGAUAAAGAAGGUGCACAUAUAGUGGGGUAUUUUUCAAAAGAAAAAGAAUCUGCUGAAGGGAACAAUCUGGCUUGUAUAUUAACAUUACCGCCAUUUCAGCGAAAAGGCUAUGGGAGAUUUUUGAUUGCAUUCAGCUAUGAAUUAUCCAAAAUCGAAAUGGUACUUGGUUCACCAGAAAAGCCAUUAUCCGAUUUAGGAAAAUUAAGUUAUCGAAGUUAUUGGUCAUGGGUAUUGUUGGAAAUUUUACGCGAUUUUAAGACAAACAUAACGAUUCGUGAUCUUUCACAUAUGACAUCGAUUACAAGUACAGAUAUAAUUACAACAUUACAGACAUUAAAUCUAGUUAAAUAUUGGAAAGGCCAACAUGUUAUAUGUGUCACUCCCAAACUAGUUGAAGAACAUCUUAAAAGUGAGCAGUUUAAAAAACCACGUUUGAAUGUCGAUGUAUCGGCAUUGCGAUGGAGGCCACCGAAAAGGCUACAGAGAAUAAAUAAAAAAUGAAAACUUUGAAAAAAAUCCUCAUCAGCAUUGCCAUCGCCAAUCAAUAUGAUUAUUCAAAGAAAGAAAAUUCUCUUAGAAAGUCCGGAUCCUUCUUUUUUCCUGUAUUUUGUUUUUUUUUACUAUCAAAUCAUCAACACAUUAUUCCGCCAUUUCAACAACCAUACGCCACUAUAUUGUCAGGGGAAAACAAAAGAAAAAUUUCCUUUUCUAUUACUUUGAUAUAUUUUAAUUGUAUUUAAACAAAAAUAAAUAAAAUAAAAAUAAAAAUAUACUAUUUUCGGCGCCUAA